UCUCCGGAGUGGAGGUGAAGAGAAGGCAGCGAAGAGUUUCAUUCAUCUCUCUUCGUGUGUGUGUGUGUGUGUGUGAGCUGGACCGCGUUCCAGCCGUGGUGGACGUUAAGAUGCGGUGGAUAACGCUGUUAGCAGUGGGUCUAACGGUCUGGACUACUCUGUCUCACUGCUUCGACUAUGAAGAACCCAGUUUUGACUAUUACAACGAAGGAGACAAGACGGAAAAUAUAGACUACAAAGACCCGUGUAAAGCCGUUGCGUUUUGGGGAGACAUUGCGUUGGACGAGGAGGAUCUGCGGAUGUUUCAGAUCGACAGGACAAUAGACGUGACGCAACACACACACACUCACACACACACUCACACACACUCCAGACAAGGACAAACGACUGAGGAACAUGUCAUCUCAAAGAAGAAAGGAUUGUUCCUCCUCCUCCUGGACAAAAUACGGAGGUUUGGCUUCGACUAUAGGCCUAUGAACUCCAGUCAAGAAUCAGCCUCCGGUCCCAGGACCCAGACUGGGAAAACAGCUGCUGGAAGGACUGGGAAGGCUGGGAAAGCCAAAAAGAGUGGGAAUACUGUGAAAUCGGCUAGAUUCGGGAAAACAGAGAAUGCCUGGAGUGUUGUUGUGAAGAAUCGUGUUCCCAGAGCAGCAACCUCCCGAGCUGAGAGGAUCUGGCCAGGGGGAGUCAUACCUUACAUCAUAGGAGGAAACUUCACCGGCAGUCAAAGAGCGAUGUUCAAGCAGGCGAUGCGUCACUGGGAGAAACUGACCUGCGUGACCUUCAUAGAGAAGACUGAAGAAGAGAGUUACAUCGUCUUCACGUACAGACCCUGUGGCUGUUGCUCCUACGUGGGUCGCCGUGGUAAUGGUCCUCAGGCGAUAUCGAUAGGGAAGAACUGUGAUAAGUUUGGCAUCGUGGUUCAUGAGUUGGGUCACGUGAUCGGGUUCUGGCAUGAACACACCCGGCCCGACCGAGACGAUCACGUCACCAUCAUCAGAGACAACAUACAACCAGGUCAAGAGUAUAACUUCUUGAAGAUGGAACCAGGAGAGGUGAACUCGCUGGGAGAGCCUUACGACUUCGACAGCAUCAUGCAUUAUGCUAGGAACACCUUCUCACGAGGUAUGUUUCUAGACACCAUCCUCCCAUCUAGAGAUGAGAAUGGGAUCCGUCCUGCCAUUGGACAGAGGACCAGACUCAGUAAAGGAGACAUCUCUCAGGCCAUGAAGCUCUACAGAUGCCCCGCGUGCGGGGAGACACUACAGGAGUCGACAGGUAACUUCUCGUCGCCCGGUUACCCCAACGGUUAUCCCUCAUACACACACUGUGUCUGGAGGGUCUCUGUCACCCCGGGAGAGAAGAUUGUUCUCAACUUUACCACUAUGGACCUGUAUAAGAGCUCUCUCUGUUGGUAUGACUACAUAGAAGUUAGAGAUGGAUACUGGAGGAAGGCCCCACUGCUAGGUAGGUUCUGUGGGGAUCAGGUUCCUGAGGGUCUGGUGUCGUCAGACAGCCGGAUGUGGAUUGAGUUCCGAAGCAGCAGUAACUGGGUGGGAAAGGGAUUUACUGCUGUUUAUGAAGCUGUCUGUGGAGGAGAGAUCUUGAAGGAUCAGGGUCAGAUUCAGUCCCCUAACUAUCCUGAUGACUACCGUCCAUCUAAAGACUGUGUUUGGAGGAUCACCGUGUCAGAGGGGUACAACGUAGGACUCAGCUUCCAGGCCUUUGAGAUUGAGAGACAUGACAGCUGUGCCUACGACUACCUGGAGGUGCGUGACGGCCCGGCUGAAUCCAGCCCUCUGAUUGGUCGGUUCUGCGGGUACGACAGACCAGAGGACGUCCGCUCCACCUCACACACCCUCUGGAUGAAGUUCGUCUCCGACGGAACCGUCAACAAGGCCGGCUUCGCUGCCAACUUCUUCAAAGAGGAGGAUGAGUGUUCUAAGCCAGAUAACGGAGGCUGUGAACAGAGGUGUGUCAAUACGCUGGGCAGCUUCAAGUGUGCCUGCGACCCCGGGUACGAGCUGGCCCUGGACAAAAAGAGCUGCGAAGCUGCAUGUGGAGGUCUUCUGUCUAAGCUGAACGGAACCAUCUCCACUCCCGGCUGGCCCAAGGAGUACCCCCCUAAUAAGAACUGUGUGUGGCAGGUAGUUGCUCCAACCCAGUACAGAAUAUCAAUGCAGUUUGAAUCCUUCGAGCUGGAGGGCAACGAGGUGUGUAAGUAUGACUUUGUGGAGGUGCGUAGCGGCCUAUCGUCAGACAGUAAGCUGCACGGAAAAUACUGCGGUACGGAGGUUCCCGAGGUCAUCACAUCACAGUACAACAACAUGAGAAUAGAGUUCAAGUCUGACAACACCGUGUCCAAGAAGGGCUUCAAGGCUCACUUCUUCUCUGAUAAGGAUGAAUGCAGUAAGGAUAAUGGUGGCUGCCAACAUGACUGUAUAAACACGGUGGGAUCGUAUGUAUGCCAGUGUCGACACGGAUUCAUACUACAUGAGAACAAACAUGACUGUAAAGAAGCUGAGUGUAAGCAUAAGGUCCACAGCCCCAGCGGGACCAUGAACAGCCCCAACUGGCCUGAUAAAUAUCCCAGUAGGAAGGAAUGUACCUGGGACAUCACCACUACACCUGGACACAGAGUCAGACUGUCAUUUAAUGAAUUUGAGAUGGAGCAGCAUCAGGAGUGUGCCUAUGACCACCUGUCUGCCUUUGACGGGGAGGGUGACUCGGCGGCCAUCUUGGGUCGGCUGUGUGGCAGUAAGAUUCCGGAACCGCUGGUCUCCACGGGUAACAAGAUGUACCUGCGUUUCAUCUCUGACGCCUCGGUUCAGAGGAAAGGCUUCCAGGCAACACACUCUACUGAGUGUGGAGGGAGGUUGAAGGCAGAGACUCGUCAGAAGAACCUCUACUCACACUCCCAGUUUGGAGAUAACAACUACCCUGGCCAUACGGACUGUGAGUGGUUGGUGACGUCAGAGGAGGGUUACGGAAUAGAGUUGACCUUUACGACCUUCGAGGUGGAGGAGGAGGCGGACUGUGGUUAUGACUACAUAGAGCUGUACGAUGGUUAUGACUCCAGCUCACACAGACUGGGUCGGUUCUGUGGUUCUGGGCCCAGAGAGGAGAUCUACUCUGCGGGUGACGCGGUGUUGAUCCGUUUCCAUAGCGACGACACCAUCAGUAAGAAGGGGUUCCACAUCCGCUACACCAGCACCCAGUUCCAGCAGAACCUUCACACCAGGAAGUGAUGUCACAACACCCCGACCCCUAGCCUCACUGUGCCGACAAGACAACCACAGGCCCCUUUUCUCCUCUGACUGACAGGCGCCAAACAGACACACACACACACACACACACACACACACACACACACACACACACACACACACACACACACACACACACACACACACAGUUUUGAAGAGAGGAGUGAGUGUGGGUGAGAACCAGAGGAGAGAGGGGGAGGACUGAUCAGUCCAUCUCUCAACAGGGGAGCUUCUAGAACUCUGAGGACUACAUGUGAAGAGAGACUGGAUCACAGCUUCACACUGCAACAGGAUUAAUGGAACUGCUUUAACGACGGGAACUGGAUUAAAUACUGAAACUGGAUUAAAUACGUAAACUGGAUUAAAUACUGAAACAGGAUUAAAUACGGAAACUGGAUUAAAUACUGAAACAGGAUUCAAUACUGAAACUGGAUUAAAUUCUGAAACUGGAUUAAAUACUGAAACAGGAUUAAAUACUGAAACUGGAUUAAAUACUGAAACUGGAUUAAAUUCUGAAACUGGAGUGUGAACAGGAACUGGAUUUAAUACAUGGAACUGGACUAAAUAACUGACUGGCUGUUUGGCUGACUGAGUCGCUGACUAUUUGACUGAGUUACUGGAUGACUAUUUUACUGGCUGACUGACUGACUGUCUGAUUGGCUGGUUGACUGAGUGACUGGAUGACUAUUUUACUGGCUAACUGACUGACUGUCUGAUUGGCUGGUUGACUGACUGACUGGCUGACUGACUGACUGAUUGACUGGCUGACUGACUGUUUGAUUGGCUGGCUGACUGUUUUACUGGCUGACUGACUGUCUGAUUGGCUGGCUGACUGUUUUACUGGCUGUUUGGUAGGUUGACUGACUGACUGGCUAACUGAUUCACUGAUGGACUGGCUGACUGACUGAUUGGCUGACUGAUUCACUGAUGGACUGGCUGGCUGACUGAUUGGCUGACUGAUUCACUGAUGGACUGGCUGACUGACUGAUUGGCUGACUGAUUCACUGAUGGACUGGCUGGCUGACUGAUUGGCUGACUGAUUCACUGAUGGACUGGCUGACUGACUGAUUGGCUGACUGACUGAGAGAAGCAUGAGGUAACGCUGAGGCAACAUUAUACAAACUGAGAGACAACAUCCCGAUAACUUUCUGACAACUUCCUGUUCAGACAACGUUUCAGACAAACCUCAUACAAACCGAGAGACGAGCGUUCAGACAACGGCCAGACAACUUACGGUGCUGACAACGUUCUGACCAUUUUUGAGGUUUGACAAAGUCCUGACAAUGUUCUGCUUAGAAAACAUUCUGACAACGUUCAGGCAAACAUUAUACAAACUGAGAGACAAUGUCGUUCUGACAACGUUCUGACAACGUUCUGACAACGUUCUUCUGAAAACGUCCUGACAACGUUGGGUUUUGACAGCACUUAUAUUGCCUUAGAACCAAAUGUACGUUCUUGAGUCUCUCUAACAUUAGUUGUUAUUUGUUUGUUUGUUUGUUUUGAAUAAUUUGAUUUGACAAUGAGUUUGCAGAACUUGAAAGAUUUAUUGUUAAAUAAGAAAAAAGAGGAAACUAGUCAGGUGUGUGUGUGUGUGUGUGUGUGUGUGUGUAAAGAGUUGUCUCAUGUAUUGUAUGUGCCAAGCUCCUGGUGAUCCUGUCCCUCUGUAGGAUCUGUCGAGACCUCUCUCCUCCAUGUUUGUAGUUCUGUUCUAUCAUAUCUCCUCCAUGUUUGUAGUUCUAAGGAACAAAAAUGGCUUCCUCUCUAUGCUGAGUCAUUAAAACUACACACAGGUAAAAGAUAA